AUGCUCCACAACCACAACCACAACACCAACAGGCCUCUCUUGUCAUGCCUCACGCCGGUUCCCUGGGGCCUUCGUGUCCCUUCCCUUCAUCUCCUCUUCACAGCCACAUCCAGUCUCCCUCCUGUCUGUCACCUCCCAUCAGGCGUGUCAUACGACUGCCUCGAGCUGGUCCUCCUGGUGCUGCUCAUUCUGCCAGUAAUCGCUUCUCUCGCCGAUGCAGCGGACACGAAUGCGACCUCAAGCCGACCUAGAGCCGCUGGUCCUGACGACACUCCCCCCGGCACCACCACUCCCCCCGGCACCACCACUCCCCCCACCACCACUCCUCCCAGCACCACCACUCCUCCCAGCACCACCACUCCACCCGGCACCACCACUGAUGAAGAUGAUACCACUGAUGGCGGAAGUUUCACCAUAAACAGCAGGCAACAACAGCAGCAGCCCAGGUGGCAACAGUGGCAGCAGCAGCAGCAGCAGCAGCAGCAGCAGCAGUGGCAGCAGGGCAAGGGCAAGCCCGGUGCCACCGCCCCCCACCAGCGAUUCCCUCUCUCGGCCUGCUCUGGCCCGUCUCCAUCCCCAGACGCAUGCUGCGGGCCGCUGUUGGCGUUUCAGAGGAGCUUCGCUGUGAGGGAGCCCAUGUUCUUCCUCGCCAUCACCACACAGCCCGAGCUCAACACCCCUUGCAGGAAGGUACUGCGAAGCUGGUGCAUCUGCAGGCAUCACCUGUCCGCCCGCGCAUCACUGCCCAUUGACCUGAUUCCCAGCUCUGAUUUAAAAGGCUUCGACUCUGAGCCUUCCUCCGUUUCGUGUGGUCUCUCUCCUCUCUCUCUGCCCAUCUCCCUCCCCUCAUCCGCUACCCAGUCCCUCCAGGCGCAUCUGCAGGCGUCCCCUGUGCGCCCGCGCAUCACUGCCAAUGUCUUCUCCCUCUGCAACCCUCCCACCAACGCCUCCUCCUCCUCCUCCUCCUCCUCUUCAGCCUCAUCUCGUCGCAGUCUGCUCCCUCUGGUGGCGGUGGAUCCGCCAAGCAACAAGUGCCCUGUGGUGUGGGUGCAGGACGUGGAUCGACUACAGAUACAACCAGCUCCAGAUGCGCCUCCCCUCUGUCUGCUCCUAUUCAUCCCUUCCCUGUCUGCUCCUGUGUCCCUCCGAACUUCUCCCCUCUUUCCGCUCUCCCUCCCGCCUUCCCGCCCUCCCCUCCUGCUCCCUGCAGUCAGAACGUCACUCGCCUGGCCAAGGCAUGCGCCUCUGCAGAUACAGCCUGCCUCUAGAUGCGCCUCCACGCUUUCUGCCGCAGCUGCCGCCCUGGCCCGCUACAGCCCGGCUGUAGCGGCUCGCACUGCGGCAAGGGGAAGCGCGGGUAAUGCGAGCAUGGCUGCUGGUGAACCCACCACUGCACCAUCCGAAGCAGUCAUGGAUGAUUGUGCGCGAGUAACAUUCGUGAGGGUGGCUCAGGCUCAGGUACGACUCUCUCGUCGUGUGCCCUCCUUCCUGUCCUUGUGUGCUUACCGUGUGGCUUGUAAAACCACCACUGCACCGUCUGAAGCGGUCAUGGAUGACUGUGGGCGAGUGACAUUCGUGAGGGUGGACUCAGGCUCAGGUACGACUCUAUCUCGUCGUCUGCCCCCCUUUGGCCGUGUAUGUUCUACCACUGUGCGCGAGUGCCAUUCGUGA